AUGCGCAGCACCACUCUCCUGGCUCUGCUGGCACUGGUGCUACUUUACUUGGUGUCUGGGGCUCUAGUGUUCCAGGCUCUGGAGCAGCCUCAUGAGCAGCAGGUUCAGAAGAAUCUGGAGGAUGGCCGAGACCAGUUUCUGAAGGACCAUCCAUGUGUGAACCAGAAGAAACUGGAUGAGUUCAUCAAGCUCGUGGCCGACGCCCUAGGGGAGGGCGCAAACCCAGAAACCAAUUGGACCAAUAGCGGCAACCAUUCAUCAGCUUGGAACCUGGGCAGCGCCUUCUUUUUCUCGGGGACCAUCAUCACUACCAUCGGCUACGGCAACAUAGCCUUACACACAGAUGCCGGGCGUCUCUUUUGUAUUUUCUAUGCACUGGUGGGGAUCCCGCUGUUCGGGAUGCUGCUGGCGGGAGUCGGGGACCGGCUGGGCUCCUCUCUGCGCCGGGGCAUCGGCCACAUUGAAGCAAUCUUCUUGAAGUGGCAUGUGCCCCCGGGGCUGGUGAGAAUUCUGUCUGCAGUGCUCUUCCUGCUGAUUGGCUGUCUGCUCUUUGUCCUCACUCCCACCUUCGUGUUCUCCUACGUGGAGAGCUGGAGCAAGCUGGAAGCCAUCUACUUUGUUAUCGUGACGCUCACCACCGUAGGCUUUGGCGAUUAUGUACCUGGCAAUGGCACCGGGCAGAACUCUCCAGCCUACCAGCCGCUGGUGUGGUUCUGGAUCUUGUUUGGCCUAGCCUACUUCGCCUCAGUGCUCACCACCAUCGGCAACUGGCUGCGAGCGGUGUCCCGCCGAACUCGGGCAGAGAUGGGUGGCCUCACGGCGCAGGCUGCUAGCUGGACCGGCACAGUGACAGCACGAGUCACCCAGCGAACUGGGCCCGGCGCCCCGCCGCCAGAGAAGGAGCAACCUCUCCUGCCCUCCUCUUUGCCGGCACCGCCCGCUGUUGCUGCGCCAGCCCGCAGGCCUGUCUCCCCUGCAUCCGCAGAGGAGGUCAAGACUCCUUCCCCGCCCACGGCCUCGGCUCUGGAUUACCCCAGUGAGAACCUGGCCUUCAUCGACGAGUCCUCAGACACGCAGAGUGAGCGUGGCUGUGCCCUGCCUCGUGCGCCUCGGGGUCGCCGCCGUCCCAACCCAUCCAAAAAACCCUCCAGACCCCGGGGUCCUGGGCCUCUCCGAGACAAGGCCGUACAGGUGUAA